AUGGCAGUUGCGCCAGGCGUUUACGACCAUCUUUUCAAAAUACUACUCGUCGGCGACAGUGGUGUCGGAAAGAGCAGUUUGAUGCUCCGAUUUACCGACAACACGUUCAAUGAGAGGCAACUAGCAACGAUCGGCGUUGAUUUUCGGACGAAACAUCUGCAGAUGAAGUUAUGACUUGGUAGAAGAUCUUUUGCCAGUAAAAGGUGAUGCUCAUGACUUGGUAGAAGAUCUUUUGCCAGUAAAAGGUGAUGCUCAUGACUUGGUAGAAGAUCUUUUGCCAGUAAAAGGUGAUGCUCAUGACUUGGUAGAAGAUCUUUUGCCAGUAAAAGGUGAUGCUCAGCAUAUGAAAUCCUCUGAAUGAUUCCUGUCCGUGAAAUUCUUUCUUUUCCGAAGUCUCUCUGUCUGUCUCUCUCUCUCUCUCUAUCUCUUCCUCACACCCCUCUUUCAUACCCCGGAAAAACGGUGAAAAUGGCAGUAUGGGACACGGCAGGGCAAGAACGGUUUCGAACGAUGACGAGUUCCUACUAUAGAGGGGCGCAAGGUGUAAUCCUGGCGUAUGAUGUGACAUCAGAAGAAAGCUUUCGCAAUCUCCCCAAGUGGAUCAAUGAAGUCAGGGAGCAUAGCACGCAUGACAAAGCGAGGCUGUUGCUUUACGACUGGUCAAAAGGGUCAAAUAUAGAUUUAUAGUUUUGCGUUGAUGUGGAAUCGGAGGAACGUUGUAAUUAUCAAGGUGGAAGGUAGUAACUCGGUAAUCACUAUCAAAUGUGUAGAUUCCUCCUCUAUAGCCCAUCCUCGUGGAACGUCACCAUUAUCUACUUCUAAGUCCCCGUAGGCAACAAAGUGGACUUAGCCGAUGGUGCGCGCGCGGUCAAGCUCGAGGAGGUACAGGAGUUCGCAGACCAGAAUGGUUUUGUGGCCUACAUUGAGACGAGUGCGCGAACGUCAUUGCAGGUGGAAAAAGCCUUCGCAGAUUUGGCCUUGUGCAUCUUAGAAGAGCCAGAUCUUGUCGAUGGCACAGCUCCGUCAACAGGCGGCCGCAGCAAGCCAGGCGUGAGUCUCGGGCCACCACCUGAGGAGGGGGGCAAAAACAUGUCCUGUGGUAGUUGUUGA